AUGCGUCUCGUUAAACCGCUCUUUUUGGUGGUCGGCGUCGCGAUCAUUAGUGCUUUUGCUCAACGACCAAUCUUUUUCCGUGUGAAACGACAAGCCUAUCCGCCUAAUCCGGCACCGUUUAAACCGAGACAAGAGGACUACAAUCUCCCGCCAUUUUAUCAGGUUAGUCUUCAAAGAACGACUACUACAAACUAAUAUAUUUUUAGCCGAAUCCUGGCCGUGAUGCUUCAUCGCUCUCUCCCCUUUUCCCAUUCCACAGUCAGUACAGUAACGGAUUGGACAUCAAUCCGGGAACUAGGGUCACUGUCGAUGGAAAUUUGAACGUUCCACUCAUGGGAUGGGGAAUUUGGGACUAUAAAGGUGGAAUUAAAGUUGGACGCCCGAAUACACGAGUCGGCUUCGGAUCUCUCAAUGCUCCGACCAACGUUCUCGGCAUUUCCGGAGACACCAUUGCAGCUCUUGCUCGUGACGGAACAUUCCAGCAGUCUAGACGUGAGCUCGAGAUAUCAGAAUUCGUCUGUCUACGAAUCGGAUAACUUUCAGAGAACGUGCCGGCAGUCCCCGUGGCAGUACUUCCCGGAAACUUUGUCCCAGUCCGUUGCCGCCCUCCAAUGUGCAAUCCAUUUGUGCACAACAUGGCAUUCGGAGUAGACGUCGAGCCAGGAGAUGAUUACCUAUUCGACGGAGGAUUCGAUUUCCCGAUCCCACUUGCUCCAUCUGGAGUCGGUGUUCGCUUCCCAAUGAGCGGUGCCGUCAACGUGGGAACAGAUCCACUUCUUAUCACUUACGGACACGGAAUGGGGCCUGUCGAACCACCAGGAUUCAAGUCGAAGAAGCGAUCGGAUGAGGACGAAAUCCGAAGACAACUCAAGAACAGCUAG